GGGAGGUCGGGGUCCUUAGACUGGCUCUGUGCAAUACAUACUAUCACUCCCAUCACUCCAGCUGCACAGCCAGAGGAUUCACUCAACUUUUACCGAUCUCCAGAACCUGACUGCUCUGAACCUGGAGAUAGUACUGGCUUGGAGGGCAAUGUAUCAGCUGGGAUUUAGUCCGUGCUACAAGGACAAGCCUAACAACAAGAACGGGCACUACAGCUAAAAGUAUGCGAAAACUGUCAGGUGAAAUGUAAUCACUUCAGAUCGUACUCAGCCAUAAGAACACAAGAUGGUGUAUGGUGAAUUUUUUCACCGAACGAAGAGUGACGAAGAACUUGUGAAACUGAAUGUGGGCGGCUUUAAACAGUCAGUGGACCAAAGUACACUUUUAAGGUUUCCUCAUACAAGGCUUGGAAAAUUACUUAAUUGCCAUUCUGAAGAAGCGAUACUAGAACUUUGUGAUGACUACAAUGUUACAGACAAGGAAUAUUACUUUGACAGAAGCCCUUCCUUGUUUAGAUAUGUUUUGAAUUUUUAUUACACCGGUAAACUUCAUGUAAUGGAGGAACUUUGUGUCUUUUCCUUUUGCCAAGAAAUAGAAUAUUGGGGUAUUAAUGAACUCUUCAUUGAUUCCUGCUGUAGUAACAAGUACCAGGAAAGGAAAGAAAUCGUAUCCGAGAAGGACUGGGAACAGAAAAGUGACGUUAUCAGCAUGGGUUCCUCUUCUGACGAAUCAUCUGUGUUCGAAAAGGAACUGGAGUUGUUUGAUACAUUAAAAUUUGGAAGUAUUCGGAAGAAAAUAUGGAUCAGACUGGAAAAUCCUGCUUUCUCUUUGUCAGCCAAACUUUUUGCCAUUUCCUCUUUGAGCAUUGUCUUAACCUCAAUUGUAGCCAUGUGCAUUCACAGCAUGCCAGAGUUCAAAAAGCUAGAUCAAAAUGAAAGGGAACUUGAAGAUCCAGUUUUAGCUGUUGUGGAGAUUGUCUGUAUUGUUUGGUUUACUACCGAACUAGUGGUCCGACUUGUAGUCGCUCCAUCUCAGAAGAAAUUCUGGAAAAACCCAAUGAACAUAAUUGACUUUGUCUCUAUCAUCCCAUUUUAUGCCACAUUGGUUGUAGACACUAACGACGAAGAAAACGAAGGUAUAGAAAACAUGGGAAAGGUUGUACAGAUUCUCCGCCUUAUGAGAAUAUUUAGAAUUCUCAAGCUUGCAAGACAUUCAGUUGGAUUACGAUCCCUUGGAGCCACGUUGCGGCACAGCUACCACGAAGUUGGGCUUUUGCUUUUGUUCUUGGCCGUGGGAAUUUCAAUUUUUUCAGUGCUUGUUUAUUAUGUGGAAAAAGACGAAGAACAGUCAGAACUUCACAGCAUUCCCAUGUGCUGGUGGUGGGCCACCAUUAGCAUGACCACAGUUGGUUAUGGUGACACCCAUCCUGUCACUCUCUACGGAAAGCUGAUUGGCAGCGUCUGCAUACUUUGUGGUAUAUUAGUAGUUGCACUUCCAAUAACUAUAAUUUUUAACAAAUUUUCUAAGUACUAUCAGAAACAAAAGGCAAUAGAUGUGGAUGGGUGCAAUGAAGACGAGCAAAAAGAUAAAUUUGGUGAUCUACCAUAUUUCAACAUAAGAGAUCUAUACGCACGAAGGAUGAACUCUUUUAUUUCCAGCCUUUCAUCUGUUGGAAUUAUUGCAAGUGGCAAUGACUCAACAGAUGGAUCCAGCAUCCAAGAAGUAGAUGAUGAUUACUGUGCACCUCUGAAAUGACCCCUAUGUGUCAUUUUCACUUCUAAUUUAUGUUCCCCCUUAUCCUUUUAUUUAUAAAUCAUUUCAAAUGUCUUAAAAAGCUUUUUAAAGCCAUUAUAUUCUUUAUAGCACUUAAUUCUCAGGGUAUCACUUGUAGCCAUAUGUAAGCAACAGUUAAUGCUUUCAUAAUAAUGUAGCAUUUUUCUUAACUAUAAUAAGUUGCCUUUUAUUUUUUUACAUCAACCUUUUUUAAUGCAGAAAUAUUAAUGAUAGCAAACGGAUUAUCUCUUGAAUAUAUUGCAUUACCAAAUCCGUAUCUUCCUUGCUAAUGGAAUAAGCAAGUUGGGCCAAAAGUGAUACAAUUAUUGUGUCUUAUGCACAACAUGAACAGGCUAUAACUACUCAAGAUGCACUUAUUGAACAAAUGUACUCGUUAGUAAAAUGGUCAUAGCGGAUCAUCCAAUUUUGGUUUAUUUAUGUAGCAGAAUUGGUUUCAAUUGAUUGCAUUUUAAGGUACAUAUUACAAAGUCAAUAUUGCCAGAAAAGCCCGCGCAUGUACUGUAUGCAUUGAGUAUUGAGGAACAUGCAUUACGAAUGCAGGAAAGCAUGUUAACGCAAAUCAAAUAUGAAACUAAGGAACGUAAUAAAAUUCCUUUAUCAGUGA